CUCGACCAUCAUUCCAGUCUCUCCUUUGCUCGUUUGUCCUUCCUGCGUCUACUUCAUUGCCUUGAACAUGAUUAACACGGCUGUAACAAAGAUACUAGGGAUAAGUGUUCCUGUAGUGCAAGGCGGCAUGCAAUGGGUGGGCGUGCCUCAGCUCGCAGCAGCUGUAUCAGAGGCAGGCGGCCUUGGAAUUCUCACUGCGUUAACACAACCGAACCCUGCAGCUCUGCGCGACGCUAUUAGGCAGACGCGUAAACUCACGUCCAAACCAUUUGGCGUGAACAUUACGCUGUUGCCCAGUAUAAAUCCGCCGGACUACGAAGGCUACGCAAGAGCCGCCGUGUCCGAGGGCGUUCGUAUCUUUGAAACGGCAGGAAACAACCCUGGACCCUUGAUCAAAUUCUUCAAAUCUGAAAACUGUGUCGUCCUUCACAAGUGUACGACCAUACGGCAUGCCAAGAGUGCGCAAAAGAUGGGCGUUGAUGUACUAAGUAUUGACGGGUUCGAAUGUGCUGGCCAUCCGGGAGAAGAGGACAUUGGCGGCUUGGUAUUGCUCGCGAAGGCCGCAAAGGAACUUACAAUACCAUACAUCGCAUCCGGUGGCAUUGCUGACGGGCGAGGUCUCGCUGCAGCCCUGGCUCUUGGUGCUUCGGGCGUUAACAUGGGCACUCGCUUCAUGUGCACGGUCGAAAGUCCGAUCCACCCCAAUAUCAAGGACAAGAUCGUCGCCUCGAAGGAAACAGAUACAGUCCAUAUUUUCCGUACGCUACACAACACUGCCAGGGUUUUCAAGAACAAGAUCUCAAUGGAAGUAGUGGCCUUAGAGCGGCGUCCUGGAGGCGCGAAGUUCGAAGACAUUAGAGAUCUGGUUUCGGGACAGAGGGGUAAGACGGUCUAUGAGAAUGGGGAUCCAGAUUAUGGGGUGUGGUCUGCCGGUGUCACUGUAGGACUUAUCGAUGAUAUUCCCACCUGUAAGGCUCUCCUCGACAGGAUGGCAACGGAGGCAGAGAGGAUCAUUGGGGGCUUGAAUGAUUCGGUUACACGAGCCAAGCUGUAGGGCCUUGAUAAUAUAGUGUAUAAGUGUCCUUCAGAUGUAAGAUAUGCACAGGAAUUGGAUCUCUCAUGUAAGCUCCACGUCUGGACCACUGCAAUGCACUUCUCCUUGUCCCUGCGUUAGCUGGCAUCUUCAUCUCGUAUAGGCUCCGAGAUCUACGCGGUUUUGUCACCCUCUUUUCCCAGCGUCUCUAGUACCCUUGAGACAAACUUGCAAUGCGAAGCAUAAUUUAUCGACGUCGUGUCGAGAGCGUCUCGUAUAAUCCCCUUGCUGUCUAUCACAAAAGUUACCCGUAGGUCAGCCAGACCCCAUAACCCUC